AUGAUCCCGGGAGUAUUUGGAAAAGUCAUGUGCAAAGGUGCUGUAUACACUGCCUACGUCACUAUAACAGCAUCCGUCCUCUGCCUGAUGUUCAUGGCGAUCGACAGGUACUAUGCCAUCGUUCAUCCCCUCCGCCGCCAUCUUUGGUUUCGAAAGCCUAAACUAACCGUUCCAUUUAUUUGGAUCGGGUCACUGGUCUCCAUGUCCAUUUUCCUUGUUAUUCAAACUGUGGAGGACUACAAUAAUUCUUCCUAUUGCAUGCUAUCUGUUUAUAUCUUGGGUGAUCCAGAUAGGGCUCUUCGAGGAAUAUACCUGCUCCUUUUCGUCGUCAACUAUCUCGUCCCCUUGGUCGUUAUUUCUUUCCUGUAUACCAUUACUGCAUGGAAUUUAUGGUUCCAUGUUGCACCUGGAGUGAAUACUUUGAGAGGAAACCGAGUGCAACUCGAAACCUCCAAGAGAAGAGUGGUUCGGAUGCUCAUUAUUGUUACCUGUGCCUUUGCCUUAUGUUGGCUCCCACCACAAGUGGUCCACAUCAUGUACGUCAUUCACGCAUCUAAGGCUUACCUACAUAUACAGCCGAUUGUCAGCUUUGUGUGUUUUUGGUUUGGACACGCCAACAGUGCCGUUAACCCAUGGCUGUACAUUUUUCUGAGCACCAAGAUAAAUACGGCAUUUACUAAGAUCGUCAGUAGAAAAAGCAGCCGGUUGCCUUCAAGUCUCACCAUCAAAACAUCAGAUGCCGUCUUACCACCUGAAGAUGAAGCAAUCCAGAAAGAAUCAACAAUAUAAUCUCUCUCAUAACAUG